UAUAAACGGUACACUCCAAUAGACAAAGACUUGUCCAUAGAUACCAUUUAUCUAUCCUCACAAAGAACCCAUAGCAAUGAAAUCCUUGCUGUCCCUCCUAGCAGCUGCUUUUGCACUUUUCUCGGUGGCAGCAACCAGCACCGCCCCAAAUUGCGACCUGGAAGAAAAGGGUUCCACCCUCAGAGUCCUCCAUGUUUCCAGCUCCUGUUCCCCCUUCCGCCCUACCCACAAUAAACAUCCCCUCUCUUGGGAGGACAGCGUCCUCCAGAUGCAGGCCAAGGACGCCGCCAGGCUCCACUACCUCUCCAGCCUCGUCGCCGGCAAGAAGUCCUCCCUGCCCAUCGCCUCCGGCCGCCAGAUCAUCCAGAGCCCCACCUACAUUGUGAGGGCUAAGAUCGGGACUCCGCCGCAGACCUUGCUUCUGGCACUGGACACCAGCAAUGAUGCUGCCUGGAUCCCGUGUACCGGCUGCGCCGGUUGCCCUUCCUCCGCCCACUUCUCGCCGGAAACCUCCACCACUUUCAAGAACGUCUCCUGUGGGGCUCCCCUGUGCCAACUGAUACCAAAGUCAACGUGUGAAGGUGGCGCGUGCGGUUUCAACAUGAGUUACGGCGGCUCUACCAUCGCAGCAAACCUCUCCCAAGACACGAUGACAAUGGCGACCGACGUCGUGAAAGGCUACACCUUCGGUUGCGUCCGGAGGGCCACAGGAAGCUCGAUGCCACCUCAGGGCCUGCUGGGCCUGGGUCGUGGGCCGCUAUCGCUGUUGUCCCAAACCCAGAACCUCUACAAAUCCACCUUCUCUUAUUGCUUGCCCAGCUUUAAGUCGCCGAAUUUCGCCGGGUCUCUGAGGCUGGGUCCCUCAAGUCAACCCACAAAGAUCAUUAGCUACACGCCGUUGCUCAAAAAUCCCCGGAGAUCGUCACUGUACUACGUCAACCUCGUCGCGAUCAGAGUAGGGCGCCGCCUCGUCGAUAUCCCUCCAAGUGCAAUGGCUCUCAAUACCGUCACAGGCGCCGGCACCAUUAUCGAUUCUGGCACGGUGUUCACGAGGCUUGUUGAGCCAGCAUAUGCAGCAGUGAGGGACGAGUUCCGUCGACAGAUGGGGCCCAACACGACAGUGCAAGCCCUUGGAGGCUUCGACACGUGCUACACUGUUCCGGUCACCGUCCAGACCAUAAAGUUCAUGUUCCAAGGGAUGAACGUGACGCUGCCCCAAGACAACUUCCUCAUCCACAGCACGGCAGGCAGCACCACCUGCCUGGCCAUGGCCGCCGCACCGGACAACGUCAGCUCCGCCCUCAACGUCAUCGCCAGCAUGCAGCAGCAGAACCACCGGGUCAUCUUUGACGGGCCCAAUUCCCGACUAGGCAUCGCCCACGAAGUUUGCAGCUGAAUGAUUAUUAGUAAUUAAUUUCAUUUGAUAAAAAAACACGGUGUAGUAAUCUUCGACAAUUAUUUAUAUUUGCAACUUAAAUUAAAGCUAGCGAAAGUUUUUGUUUUAAUUAAGUACCUACUACUGUUGCGUUUUGCGUGAUUGUUUUUUUAUUUUUUUGUGUUUGUACACCACAAAGUCACGUUUCGAUAACGGAUUAUUACUCUGUAGUACUCCUUAUUUAUAUUACUAUUAUUAUUAUAUGGAUAUGGAAUUAUGGAUAUGAUGAAUUGAUGGAUUGUGAUAUUGGGAUGC